UUCAUCCAUACAUCAAUCACUCCCACAACACAACACAAUCUUCUUAAUUUAUUCAAUUUAUAUAUACACAUAUAUAUAUAUAAUUUACAACACAUGGGCCUCUGAGAAAUAGCCUAAAUUUGAAGAAGAAAAAAAAAAAAAAAGAAAUCUUGGAGAGAGCAGCAGCAAGUUUAGUUUAGAUUGCUAAUGAAAGAAAAAGAAAGAGGAGGUGGGAUUUUUGUAUUUGUUUUGUAGUGUUUGUUUAGGUUACCGCAGCAGUACUUACUGCUGGUGAACCAGCAGCACCAAAAAAAAAAAAAAAAUAGAGCAGAGAGCAGUGGUGAUAUCACUCAGUGCAGGUCAGGUCGGGCAAGGCAGGGCAGGGCAGGACAGGGAUCUUUAAUCUCCUUUCUGACCCAAAAACUGCCAUACGCAGUAGCAGCUAGGGAGACGAUUUCUUUCUUCCUUUCUUGAUUUCUUUGCUUUUUGUUUUGAGGUGUUUGGAUAGGGAAUUGAUUAUACCAAAGGGGUUUUAGGGUUGAUUGAAUUUGUUGUUGAAGAAGGUGUGUGUAAUGAUGGGUUAGAGUUGCAGUGCAGUGAUGGAAAUAGGAAGGUUGAAUGACAGAUUUGGGUUUGGGUUUGGAAUAGGAACUUUGAUUUUGAUUAUAAUUAUUGCAAGAUUGUCUAGAAGAGAGAAGAAGAAGACAACAAGUGUUUGAGUCUGGAUCCUUUGAGAAACCUCCCUCUUCCUCCUCCUCCUCCUCAACCUCAACCUCAUCUUCUUCAUCCUCAAACCCAAAUCCCUAAUCAAAACCAGAACCAGAACCAGAACCAGAGUCAGGCUAUUAUUACAUCGAGCUCAAGGAGGCAUGUAGGAGACGAGGCUGAGGGUGAAGGAGAAGACGAUGAUGAGCAGCGUCACUUUCUUGGAGGACCACUAGUUGCUUCCUCCUCCUCCCAUGGCGAUUUCCACCAAACCCACCUUCUUUACGGAGCCUUGAACGCAGAGAAUCACCACCACCAGCAGGGACUAGCGCCGCCGAGGAAGCGGUCCUACCUGCCGUCUUCAAGCUCGCCGGCCGCCGAACAUGCGAGAGUGGCCUUGGGGGAUAGGAUGGGAGAGAGCAGCCAUCAUCAUCAGCGACCAACAUCGUCACGGUUAGGGCUGAUGAGGACCAGUAGUGCCUCCGCCGGCGGCGGCGAGAUUGUCGAGGUGCAGGGCGGCCACAUUGUGAGGUCCACCGGCCGGAAAGACCGCCACAGUAAAGUCUGCACCGCCAAAGGACCCAGAGACCGCCGCGUCCGCCUCGCCGCCCACACCGCCAUCCAAUUCUACGACGUCCAGGACCGCCUUGGCUACGACCGCCCCAGCAAGGCCGUCGAUUGGCUAAUCAAGAAGGCUAAGGCCGCCAUUGACGAGCUCGCCGAGCUCCCCGCAUGGCAUCCCACCAACUGCUCCGUCGGCGGCGGCGGUAUCGGAAAAGGAGAAGAAUUGCAGAGAAAACUCGACGAAGAAGACGAAGACGAGCAACAUCAACAACAGCAGAUGAAUUCCGAUAUGGUGAACCCUGAAAUCUCCAUCCAUUCGAGCAAGCGGCCGGCAGUGGCGACAAUCCUCGCCAACGAGCACCAUAGCAGCACUCAGAAUUCGAGCUUCCUCCCCCCUGCUUUAGACUCAGACGCCAUUGCUGACACCAUCAAGUCCUUCUUCCCCAUGGGCGCUUCUGCAGAAGCCAGUUCCUCAUCUAUGCAAUUCGACAACUUCCCAACCCCCGAUUUACUGUCGAGAAACAACAGCAACAGCCAAAGCCAAGAUUUGCGGCUCUCAUUGCACUCCCUGCAAGAUCCCAUAAUGCUCCAUCCUCACCCUCACCACCAUAACCCUAACCAAAAUCACACUCACGCCGGCGAACAAACACACGUUCUAUUCACCGGAACUCCGCUAGGCUUCGACGGAGCUUCAGCCUGGCAGGACCACCACCACCACCACCACCAACAAACAGCCGAUCAACUCAGCCGCUUUCAGAGGCUUGCAGCUUGGAAUGCCGCCGGCGGCGGCGGCGGCGGCGGAGGAGAUUCAGCAAGUGGGAGUGGCGGAGCAGCCAGUGGAUACUUAUUCAACUCGACGCCAGCGCCAUUGCAGCAGCUCCUUAGCCACAACCAGUUUUUUUCUUCUUCUCAGAGGGGACCCCUUCAGUCCAGUAACACACCUUCAGUUCGUGCUUGGAUGGACCCGUCCAUGGCCGCCAUGGCCGACCACGGCCAGCAGCAGCAGCAGAAUCACAACCACCACCAUCUCCACCAUCCAGCCGUUGUGCCGAUCUAUCCACCUUCAAUGUCCGGCAUUGGAUUCGCCUCCGGUUUCGGUGGCUUCUCAGGGUUUCAUAUUCCUGCACGAAUUCAGGGUGAAGAAGAGGAUCACGAUGGCUAUUCCGACAAGCCAUCCUCUGCUUCCUCCGACUCUCGUCGUUGAGAAUUCACCUCCCAGACUCAAACAUCCCCUCUUCCGCCAUUACCAGUCAGGAGUCAUCAUCAAUUUCUGCUGACGUCAUUCGAUCAUGGAGUUCGAAGAAGCAAGGGAAGAUCGAGUCUGAGUGAGUUUUUUCUCAACAAUGGCAGCAGCCAAGUGGCCAAGAACCCUGAGAUCUUAAUUUCAGGUUUUCUCAUUGAUCCGGCUAGCUGUUCAUUCUAUGUUAAUUGUUUAUUGCAAUUUCCAGCUUUGGAUUUAAGUCCAGUCCGACUGUUUAAACGAGCAAAUAGAGCUCUCAACUUUGUUUGCAGCCAUUUUCCAUUUCCAGUUUCCAGACAUCAUCCUGCUACUAUAUCUGUGUUGCUGAUGUUUGAUAAAUUCCCACCUCAUGAUUGAGUGUUUUCAGAAUAAUCUCUUUAUAUUAUUAAGUUUCCCAUCACUUCUCUUU